UGGCGAUAGAGCGCCUGAGAGCUGAUCGACAGCCGCGAUUAACCACCACAGAAGAAGAAGAAGAGGAAAGAUAAGAUCUGCUGAUGGACCAAGUGAUUUAAAAUCUCCUCUUGAUGACAAUCAGCAGAAAUGUCUGUGAACUGUCUCCUGAGACACACACUCAGGUUGAAGAGGAAACAUGUAGCUGCACAUUUCGUCCCUCACAGAUCUCUGUCAGGAGCAGAAGCUGUCAACGCUCUCAGACCGUUUUAUUUCGCCGUCCAUCCGGACUUCUUCGGUCAACAUCCCAGAGAACGGGAAGUGAAUGAGAAUUCAUUAAAGAGGUUAAAUGGUUACCUUGACAACCUGCAGAAGCCCGGCUCUCGCUCUCUUCAGCCCAUGAAGCUCACAUUUUACGUCAGGGACACAGGGGACAGCAAGGACGAGCAGCCCGACCUCCUCCCCGCAGGGUUCCGCUCGGUCAGUUUCACCCUGCAGACCAGCGACGUGUUGAGCACGGUGGUGAACGUGUUGAAGUCCUGCAGUCUGCCCGUGGAGCACAUGAAGGGACUGAAGGGAGGUUCACAGACGGCUAAAGGGGCACCUGUGGCGGGUGUGCCUUUCUACAGACCCAUCAGAUGGGACAAGAGCUACUACAGCUUCACCGGCUUCAGGGACCCGGAGCAGGAGCUGCAGCAGGCCCGCAGGGUGGAGCCCACACUCAGCUUUUGGCUGAGAAAAAACGAGCCCGAGGCCACGAAGAAGUACAGCGCCAGUCUUCCUCGCAGAGACGAGCUGAGCAGACUGAAGGAGGAGCUGUGUCACAGAUUUCACCUCUCUGACAUCAGGUGGCAGCGCAGUUGGGGCGUGGCUCACAGGUGCAGCCAGCUGCAGAGUCUGAGUCGACUCUCUCAGCAGAACCCCGAGGCCCUGAUCAACCUGCAAGGACACGACGUCAUGUUUGCCGACCAGUCAGGGAUGAACGCCUCUGGACACGUCAUGUUAGGAACCAUGGAUGUCCAUCACCAGUGGACCAAGCUGUUUGAGCAGCUGCCCAGCUACCGCGCCCUGCAGCAGCAGACCGACUGGCUGAAGGAGCGCAUCAGCCUCCUCGUGGGGGGGACUCAAGUGGUCCAC